AUGGUGCGUUACGGAAACCAUUCACAAACUUUGGAUUUUGAAACAGAGCAGCGAAGUCCAGUAUCGCCGGUAUCACGUUGGUUCUUCCGGCAGAUGGGACGGCACCCCGGUUGUGACCAGCCCUUGACGUUUGAUCUUUCAGCAUUGACACCAACACUACCAACCAAACUGAUACUUGUCAUAAACUUGAAGCAGAAUAUCCCUACAAGGGACCACAGCCCGGAGUUUGAUGCAAGCAAGGAAAGCACCGGAAAGUUUGCGAUGGAGGCUGUAUGCCUCCUCCGGUGGGGGGGUAAGCCUGUGCCUCAGCAUCGUAGCCCCAAGGUGUGA